AUGUACAUUACUCACGCUUCCAUGGCCAUGCAAAGCCAACACUCUGCACCGACGGCUCUGGACGCACGAGCGCACCUACGGCAGCGCAUCUACGGCUGCUCGUCCAAAAUGAGUCUGAGGCCUGCUCUCGAUGGCAUUCAGACGAUCUGGCGAUAUCGGCCCCGAUCCAAGCCUGAUGCACCGAUCUGGCCUGGCCACUCGCUCGGAAUAGCCGAGGGAAGGUGGCCGCGCGGAGAGAAGAUUUGCGGAGGCUCGGCUGUCAACCCCGCAUCGGAAAUCUCUACGGCACUCCAAAAGCAGCAUCAUGCUGCGUCGUUGCCCCCGCACUCUUGUACGCCGUGCCGUCGCCGUGCCUCGUCGGCGCCGACGAGCGAUGCAUGUCCUACCUAG